AUGGCAGCAGCAGCAGCAGCAGCAGCAGCAGGGCCAGCUGAGGAGGGAGAAGCAGCAGCAGAACUCGGUGCUGCUGCUGCUGCUACUGUUCUUGCCGAAAAACUCUCCCUGGCAAGGCUGGCAGAUGCCGCUGCGGAGCUCCUAGACCAGCAGCAGCAGCAGCACCAGCAGCAGCGGAAGCAGCAGCAGCAGCAGCAGGUGAACCCGUGGCUGCUGCUACGGCGGCAGCAGCUGCCGCUUGCUGCUGCGGCGGUUCGCCCCACAGCGGCUGCAGCAGCGCAGCAGCUGCGGCUGCUGCUGCAGAACCUAAAACGCAUGCAGAACAUGCCGCAGCAGCGACGCCAGCUGCUGCUGCUGCUGAGCUCCUCCCAGCUGCUGCAGCAGCAGCUGCCGAGAGUGGCUCAGCUGCUGCAGACCCAAAGGCUCUUGCCCCUUUACAUGCAGCCCAAACCCUGCAGCAGCAGCAGCAGCAGCAGCAAAGUAGCCGAUCCUUCUGGCGGUUCUUUCUCGCAGCUGAAGUACCCCCCGCCGAAUGUAGUGGUCGCGCUGCCCGGCGGCGGCGCCAUUGAGGGCAGCGCGAGGCUGCUGAAGGCCCGGCUGUAUCACCCUUCUUGGCUGUGGCAGCAGCAGCAGCAGCAGCAGCAGAGUGCUGCUGCUGCGUUUGCUGCGGGCUCCUUCGAGUCCCCUGCGCGCUACGUGCUGCAGACAGCAGCAGCAGCAGCAGCAGCAACGUCCACUAAGCAGAAGGCCCUGCUCUCGCCCUCCAUUCUAACCCAGGAGCGCAUGCGCGCGCUGCUGUCGCUGCGGUUUGGAGGCGGUUUGAAGGAGUUGGAUGAAAUGUUGGAUUCUUUUUUUAUGGGCUUUAUGGGCAAACUGGCUUCCCGCUCCACAGACAUUAUGAACGGAAAGUGCUUCUUAUAUCGCUUCCCGCGCAACGGUUUUGCCUCCAUGAUUAAGACGGGAGCAAAAGGUAGUAACGUCAACUACGCCAUGAUUUGUGUCUUCCUAGGCCAGCAGUCGCUAGAAGGGCGCCGCGUGCAGCCAAUGAGCAGCGGCAAAUCGCUGCCUGCUUUUGCUGCUGCUGAUUUCGGCAGUUUAGCUCGAGGGUUUGUUCUCUCUUCUUUCCUCACCGGGUUGCGAGAAGAGGAGUUUUAUUUUCACUGCAUGGCGGGCAGAGAAGGGCUGAUCGACACGGCAGUGAAGACUGCCAAAUCGGGCUAUUUGCAGCGCUCCCUUGUCAAGUCUCUCGAGGGCCUCCGCCUCGCUUAUGAUGGAUCUGUUAGAGAUUCUGACAACAGCAUUUUGCAAUUUGUUUACGCCGAUGAUGGACUCGAUCCUGCUGCUGCUGCUGCGCUGCAGCAUAUGCAGUGA